AUGGACUUUGUGAAGAAGUGGAAGAGAGUAUUGGGAAGCAGCAAGAGAUUGCAUCCAGAGAACAGUGGAAGUGGAAGCUACGGCAGAUUGAGAAACAGACAGAAGAAGAAGGCUGGUGUGGCUCCACAUGGUUGUCUUUGUGUCUACGUCGGAGCCGAGAGAGAGAGAUUCAUAAUCAAGAUCAAGAUGGCGAACCACCCACUGUUCAAAGCGCUUUUGGAAGGUGCUGAGAGAGAAUAUGGGUAUAGAAACGAUGGUCCACUGUGGCUCCCUUGCCACGUUGAUUUGUUCUGUGAGGCUCUGGAGGAGAUGGAAAUCGGCACCGAAGAAGAUGGCAUGGGUUCUGUGGGUUGCGUGGGUCAUAGUUACAGGCACAACCCAUCUUCAGUUUCUAACCUCAGUUGUAGAUAUGUCGCAGGGUCUUUCAUUGAUCGUUACCAAACCCUUGUUAUUCAAGGAUAUACAAAAUGA